UGUUUCAUGUAGUUCGCAAGAAAUGUCGUCUUUUGCCUCUUUUCAGGUUCAGGUGGCCUCCAUCAUGGAGGUUUUAGCGAAAACGGCAGCAGCAGAAAUUACUAAACUAGUUGAUGAUGGGUCUGCUGUUUGGCGAUUGGAGAUGAGCAGAAGCCAAAGAGAGAACGAAGCGCUAAAAGCGAAGUUACUGCUGAUGGAGGGAGAGCUCAGGGCUGUGCGAGGAUACGGAGAGGGAACGCCGGACAAUUCUCUAAAACUCUCAUUUGAAGUUCCGGUUUGCGACGAAUUCACAGACGCACAAAUACGCACUUCAGGGGCAGCUGCUGCUAAUGGUGGUGAAGGACCCCUCUGUAAGGAGGAGGAGCUGCACAUGCAGCCCUGCCCUGCAGGAGACCCAAAAAAGGAGCUGCAAGCAGAACUCAAACAGGAGCCAGAGGAGCAGCCUCUCACCCCCACACUCCCCCUGCUGGAGUCCGCAGACUGGGGGAUGGAGCUCCAGACUGUGUGGAGCAAGGCCAACAGCUUAGAAAUUUCUCAGGAAAAAAGCAGACAGUGCAUAGGAAGCUCGGAGCAUGGCGACACCCGGUUAGAUGACGACUUCUCUCCUCCGCAUUACAGAGCUCGGAGGCCACACUCGGAGAAGGGCGAGGGGUCAGCAUCACAACAACAGAAACAAAAUGGCCGCCCCCUCUACAAAGAGUGCUCUCAUGGGCUGCCUGAUGAGGUUUCAGCAGAGAUGCCGUUCCUUCUGGGUUCUCCAGGAGAGUGUGAUGGAAGCGCCCCAUGUGAGGCGAGUUCUGACACGUCAGCAGAAGCAAAGAGUCCCUGCAGAACUGAGGGACAGGAGGAGUUCAUCUGCACAUGCUGUGGGAAGACGUUCUUGGACGCUCUUGAACUGAAGAUGCACGAGGAGCAGCACAGUCUGCAGAAACAGUUCACCUGCUCUGUGUGUGACCAGAGCUUCUCCCAGUCACAUGUCCUUCAAGCGCACGAAAGCACUCACACACGGCUGUACGUUUGUACAAAGUACAGAAAAGACUUAAGCUGUAGAAACUUGCUUAAAGCCUACCAGCUCGUUCACACCAGAGAGAAACCGUUCACUUGUGAGCAGUGUGGAAAGUGCUUCUCCCUGAAGAGCCAUCUUAAAACUCACCAGGUGACUCACACAGGAGAGAAAUGCUUCAGCUGCACAGUGUGUAAUAAGAGCUUUGCCUAUCUCAGUGUUCUUAAGCAACAUCAGAGUGUCCACACAGGGGAAAAACCCCACUGCUGCAACGAGUGUGGGAAGAGCUUUACCCGACUAGGUAGUCUUAAAUCACAUCAAAGGGUCCACACCAAAGAGAAACCGUUCACUUGUGAGCAGUGUGGAAUGUGUUUCUCCAGGAAGAGCAAUCUCAAAAGUCACCAGAGUGUCCACACAGGAGAGAAACCCCACUGCUGCAACGAGUGUGGAAAGACCUUUGCCCACCAAUCAAAUCUUAAAUCUCACCAAAAGGUCCACAGCGGGGGGAACACCGUUCAGUUGCACACGGUGCAGCAGGAGUUUCUCCCAGAAUCACACUCUUCAGAGACUCGUACUUUCUCACAAUCAGGACUCCAGACUAACAACGUCCCGGGGACAAUAAACAGUGUGUUUGUGAUUAACUGAAAUCAUUCCCGGGACACGUUUAGGACUACUAUUUUUCACGAAAGCCCCGUGGCAUCCAUUCUGUGGCAUCCACCAACCUUCCCUGCUUGUACAACAAUCUCUCUCAGUGCAACAUGUCGUGCUAUUUGAAGAGACUGAGAGCAGUAGAUGGGUAUCUGCACAGACAGAAGACAAGGAAGUGGGUCCUAUUGUGGCAGCAGUAUUGCUAGGUAAGGUUACUAGGCUAGCAUUAUGGCGAACCCAAGUCUAGCCUACUGUCGUGAUAUAGAACAGUAAGACUUUCUUUUAGGCUGCCGAUGUGGAUACAAAAUUCUUGUCACCUGAUUUACAAAUCUGGGCAUCGCUCUCUUUCUACUUCCAGUGUCAUCAUGAUGUAUCAACCCCUUAUUGGAUACAACGCUGUCACGUGAUUGUGUAUUUUGAAACUUUGUUCUGUGCCUGGUAGCCUGUAUUUUCAGUUAUGUUAGUUAUCGUCCGGGCCACCGGGAAAACUACCAGCUAUUCAUACAGACGAGCAUUGUAUAGCACGUCCGGUGUUCAGAUUAAAAGAUCGCUAUGUAAUUUGAACUGUGACGCUGUACAUUUUUACUGCAGUCUCAACUGUUGCAUGAAUUGCUUGCUUUCUUAGGACGCUAGCCAGCAUGAGCUUGGAGUGUAUAGCUGUUUGCUCAGCUAUCUUGUAUUUUGCUGUACAAAUUUGUUAUUUUAUUUACCCACGCCCCUCUCAUUCUGCUUCUUUGGCUAAUCUGUAUACUUAUUUUCUUAUCUGUAUUCCUGUACUUGGAUUCAUUAAUUUCAUU